GCCCCCAAAUGCCCUGGUACGGCCGAGAGUGGGGAGAGUCCGCUCUCACAUGGCCAUGCGUAUAUAGCCUCUGCCAGGGAAGUCCUACUCACUGCCUUCUCGUGGCGGGGGUGUUGUUUACAAAAAUGAGAGGACGAAAAGCGAAUGUCUGGCGCUUUAACCGGACCCAAAACCAAUGCUGCACAUGGGCUCCAGUAUCCUGCGGGAACAAAUGGCGUAUGAACCAAUCGUUGGUCACCGGCUACCAUGGGACUGCAUCUCCUCACGAUGCUCCACUGCCUUGUGGGUCAGACGUUCAGGUCGAAGGCUCGGGGUGUGGCCCCCUAAGAAAACCACCUGCUUCGGUUUGGGCACCCGAGCAGUAUCACAGCCCUCACACAAAUCAAUUGAGAUUUGUGUGGCGCAUAUGUAUUUGGUGCCUCCCUGUACGAAAGUUUUUCUAUAGUUACAGUGUAAAUAUUCUUCAUACUACUAUCUUUUCCCACAUGACCUCCGAUCCUAAAGCAAUUAGAAAAAUAAUCCUUAAUACAUUUGGUCGCUUAAUCUCUACUCAAAAACAACAUUUUGCUGAAUGAUAUUUGGAUAUAUGUACUUAGAGAAUCAUUUUAGUGACCGUCUGGGACCUGAAAAAUUAAUUACUGGUCUUCAGUUUCAGUUUAGAAAGGAUAAAAAGGUGGGAGGGUUGUGUUAGUCCUAGCUGUGAAGUUCACUCAGUUUACCCAAUCUUCUUUUGGAUAACUAAAGAAGUUAUAACUAUCCAUCGAGACAGAGUCUCACUUUCUGAUAGUUCAGUAGGAAAGUUGGUAGUCAGGUUAUUUGUUCAGAACUUUCAGUGUUCUCAUUAAUCUCCUGUUCUGGAAGGCGAAUAAAAUGAAGGAGUUUAGUGGAUAGACGAGUUUUAGAUCGCUAAAAUGGAUGACCAUAGAUGAUAUGCAAUUGUACCGUUUGACGAUGUGAUUGCUUACAAGAUCAGAUUACUGACUCCAGCCCUCUAAUAAACUGAGACCAAAGACAAAACCACCAAUCGGAAGAAUAGGUUUUUAUCUAAUGAAAUAUCAUUAUGCAUUGGUUCUGAACAAAAAAAUAAGUACGAUUAAAUAUCACAGCUUAUUGGAGGAAAUCAGUUUCGUGGGUCACUUACUAAUGAGUUUAAACCUGCCUAUUAAACUGAAUUGUUACCACUCACGUGACAGGGUAUAUCAUAUGAAAAGUUACCACUGCGUAAUUUGAAGACUGUAAUCAGUUGACCUCUAGUAAUUCUAUAUGAUAAUGGGAACACAUAACAUACUUCCUUCAUAUCAUCGGUUUACAAAUUCUAGAACCAACUUAGCUGCAGCUUUUUAAACUGGUUCUAACAGCUUACUUUUUUAGACAGGAACUGGCCGUUUAUAUCCAAUACUCGAAUUUUUCGGACAAAUACUACAUACAAUUUGCGAAUAUCUUGGCAUUCGGGUAGCUGAAAGACCUGGGUAUUCCAUAAAGGAUUCUAAAACGUUCGGUAAACACUGCAUGGGAGUGUACAUUGGUUUUUAAAUCUUGACUAAUAACUGUUUUGAUCGCUAUUCGUUUGGAAAAAGGGUAACUCAACACUACUUAUAUUUUAUUUUUUUGGUAAAUAAAUACUUAAGCUCUACCUGUACUUUUUUAAUUUGGAUAAGUUGUUGACACUUUCUAGGAUUUUCCAUGAGCAUAUUUAUUUAUAAUUUAUCAUUAAUCCGUUAUAGUUUAUCAAGCUAAGUGGAUUUCCACAAAACCUUCGUGUUCGUGCAAGUGAAGCUCCAUAUGACUGUCCAAGACGUCAUGAUUGGGAAGCGUUUUUUCGUGAUGCUCAAAAUAUGGAUGAGACUAAAUCUGGUGAAAGGCCUGAUACUCUUGUACUCACUGGUCUUCCUAUCAGAUGGUUUGCGAGUGGAUCACACAACAGACCACGAUUUCGCGUUAAUAGUGAUGACACUAAUAGCAGCUAUUUAUCCCUUUUGGUUGACGAAGAAAAACCUAAUCCUUCGAUUGUAAAAGAAGCAUUUGAAGUAUUUGGAAAAAUUCGGGAGAUUGAUAUUCCAAUGUUAGAUCCUUCACAAAAUCCUGAUUGCUUGGAAGAUUAUAUAAAUAGCAAUGACACUUUAAAUAGUUCAUGUGAUACAUUAAAAACUGACAAUACAGUUAACAAACCUAUUGAAUAUUCAUUCCGUAACGAUUCUGGCUGUACAGAGGAAUAUAUUGGUGGGUUUGGAAAAAUUGGUCCGGAUACAAUUGGAAUUUUAAAUCCAACUAUACAACACAGUGUAAUUAAUUCGUCUUCAACGGACUCGGACAAAUCAAAAGUAUCUCAUUUGAUAAAGUCGAAAAACUCCAAUGUAUUGACUAGUCCAACUAAUACAAGUGUUGGUAGUCCACUUACAUUCAUAGCAUAUGUACAAUAUAUGGAUUAUACUGGAUUUAGCCGUGCCAUGGACAUGCUGCGUGGUCAGAAACUUGUUUAUGCUCCAACUUAUCGAAGUCAGUCAUCAGCAUUGGCAGAUCAGAAUGAAAAGUUGUAUUAUGCAGCUGAAAUUAAGAUUGAUUUUGAUCGAACUAAACACUUAUCACCAGAUUCUAUUCAUGCAAGACAAAACAAACGAAAUCAACUACUCAUAGUUGCUGAACGUAGACGUGUUGAAGCAAGGACUAUAGCUGAAGCAGCACGUGAACGUUUACGUCUUUUAGAAGAUUCAGAACGUAAAGCUGUAGAACGACGUGAAGCAGAAGCAUUAGCCGCUGAAGCUGAGCGUAUAGCAAAACGUGCUGCACGAGAAGAAAGUAAACGACAAAUUGCGAUAGAUAGGUGUAAAAGAAUCAAAGAAGAAUUACUUAAAAAGAAAAUAUCCCUUGAAGAAUACCGUCGUAUAGUGGCUGUACGUAAAGUGGAAGGUAUACGAUUAAUGACUUUUUUACUAGCAAAAAUACAGGCUCGUCAUGAUUUAAUCGUGGCUACUAGACGUCUUGAUCGUAUUUCAAAAGCAGAAAAAGCUUUAGCCGAAGCAGAAGCUAAUGUCAAUGUUGCCUUAUCCAAUACAUCACAUAAUAAUAGUAAUAUUCGAACAAUACCAGCUAAAGCCGAUAAUCAGUUAGAGAUAUAUGGAGAAAAAGAUUCCAAUAAGAUCUGUUCACAAUCUGGCUUACCACCCCUAGUUACUUCUUCUCCUGAAUCUAUUGAAGAUGAAGUGGGACAAAACUCACAAUUUCAACAAUUAUUAAAUAAACGUGAAGAGUUUCUACGAAAUAACUUAUUACGUAAACGGGCUGAAAUAUUACGAACACAAAUUUAUGAACGAUCAAUCAUGUGCAAUCCAACUUUUCCUGGGUAUAGAGGACGCAUUCAACUUAAUCGGGAGAAAUAUUAAAAAUUUUGUUUUUACUUAUUACUCACUUAAUUGAUAAUAAGGUUGUUUUCUAUUUAAAAAAAACGUCUGUACAGUUUAUUAG